AAGUGACAUUUUUCCUUUCCUUUUGUUGAAGUUAAGAAUGGGACGAAAGAAGAAGAAUCCAUGUAGCAGUGCUAGAGCUGGUAGCAUCCUGGAAUCCCCCACAAGUGAGGCUGUUGAACCUUUGAGCAGGGCUAUCAGGGAUUCCAAAACUGGGCCACGUGUGCAAUUGGAUCCUUCCAGCAGGCAACAAGUAGAGAAGGCUGUGGACCGAAAGUCCCUUUCUAUACUGAACAAGCUGUAUGAUUUUUGCACCCGUAGACCAAAGGCAUGUGAGGAAUUGAGUGUCUUGGUUAGCAUGUUUGGUCUUUACUUAAACCGCAAGGAUAGCUAUACAAUGAGACCAAAAGGAUGGAUUAGUCAUAUGGUGAUUUUAAUUGCUGGAAAGAUAAUGAUGGAAGAGGAGAAAGCAACAAAUGGAGUUGUCACUCGUCAUAUAUUUAGCCCACAAUUUAUGAACAAGGUAACGUGUGACUCAAAUCUAUCCAAUGAAGAUAGCUACAAGCCUUGGUGUAUUGAGGAUGUAUCUCUAUUCAUCUUGCCGAGUAAAUUGGGUUACGAUAUUAAUCAGUGCAAAUUGAUUUUUGCUCCAACUUUAUUUGAGGAGCAUUGGUAUUGUUAUGCGUUCGAGCCCAAGAACAAAACCCUGUAUGUGUUAGAUUCAAUGCCUGGUAGAGUCUCAACCAGCAAGAACAACUUGGAUAAUGCAACAAAACUUCGUUUUGAGGAGCUGCUGAUAUUAAUGAAUCCUGGUUUGACCAAAGAGAAUGCAUCAAUAACACUAGUUCAUGUUGAUGUUCCUAUGCAGCAAAACAAUCAUGAUUGUGGCAUCUAUGUGCUGAAAUACAUGGAAAUUUGGGAUGGAUCAAUAAAAUGGCAGGACAAAACCAUGCCUAAUUAUCAAUACGAAGAAAUCGUGAAGUUUCGGCAAAAGUUUAUAUGUGGAUGGGUUCAACAUCCUAAAAAUGAGGUUAGAGAAGAGGUUUUGAAGAAGGCGGGAGUAUGGGGAAGACUAUGCUGACUGACGUUGACUAUCAAGUUGACAUGUCUACCGAGAGAUUUCGGUUAUACUUGGUUAACUUUUCUGAAUGAAAUAUAGUUUUAUUUCUUACAUGUACCUGAUACCUAUUUUUAAUCUGGUUCCUAUAAGAAAAUAUUUCAAUUACACAAUUUUUAACUU